AAGGCAGCGGAGGCGAAGUGAGGCGACGAGCCGCGCAGUCAUCCGGCGCGUAGCGUAACGGGUGAGACCCCAUGCAGAAUCAAACACCGAAAGAACUCGAAGUGAGCACGACGGCCGACUCUUUGUUUCCGGUGGGGCCCGCACGGUCCAACCGGGACGGAGUCAUGAGCCCAAUGCGUUCAUGCCUUCUUCUCCUUAGUGUGGGCCUUCGAUGCUUCCCUGCUUCGUUUUCUUGAUAAUGGUGACCAUCUUCCUGCGACGUAUUUCUAUCGUGUUCGUUGUUUGAUUUGUGGAGAGUGAUGAUCGUCCGUGUUUGUUUGUCGAGAGAAAUUUAGAUACUGUCAGUACUGUACCUUGACAACGGCGAUACCCGUCAUCUCUGGACUUCGAACCAGAGUUACGUAGAUCUUCAGCCUUUUGUUCCUUGCAAUUCUUCAUACUCUCCAAUUUAAUCGUGGGGAAAAUCAUGGGGGCUCCUUCGCACAUGCCAACAAGGACUAGGAUGCAUCGGUAGAGCAGCGAGACAAGUUUAAGCGACCUGUGACCAAUGCUUACUACGACGGUGAUCGGUUGUGAUUUCAAGAGCAGAUCAUGGUUUGAUGAAGGAAACCCUCCUACCACGGAACUUUCAAUUGCGUUCCUAUAUGUAACUCCACUUGACAGAAAUUCUUAUCCUUGAUCGUCUACGCCGUCACAUGGAUUCGAGACUUAUAUGUUAGUAAGUCGCUUGAGACCUAAACACGAGGAUAGAUUCAAAGUGGAUAGAUUCCUUCGCGAGUCAAGGAAAGCGCGAGUCGGAAGAAUACGUCAUUUCCAUUAGGUUGUAUGUACAGGGCCGGUUUGACCUGCGCACUGCUUCUCCUUCUUUUGAUGUCUAAAUACAAGACAAAACCCUUCAAUAGGAACAUUAAUGGAGUAAGUUAUGUCUGCUGUCUGUAGAAAUUCAAUGUCAUUCCGUUUAAUCAGCCAAUCUCUUCUGGAUUUCAGAAAGAAGUGCCCUCAUCACGACCUUAUUAGCUUGGAAUUCUUAGUUUGUCGGAUUACGUGUAUCGUUGAACACUGAAUUCCAGAGAGAAUACUUGUAGUGCGUGUUCCACAUGACCCAACUGUACCAGCAGCUUACCAAACACUAUGCUUGACGUUAGAUAUCGCGAACUGUCAAAGUGUGGCGAACUAAUUGUCUAGAAGAAGCUUAUAGAUUUUUUAACGUUCGCAUUUUGACCAUUGACGAGAAAAGUACAGAAAAGUCUCGAAGUACGUCAUCGUCCCGUUGAAAGACACCAUGCAUUCUUGGUGAAAAUAUGCUUUCACGUUUGCAGCAUUACACCCGCAAAUUCUGGUGAUAUCCACUCUCGCCGUAGAGAUAUUCGCAAGUGUACAGGUUUGCACAUUUCAGCUCCAAGGUUAUCUUGAAGUGGAGAAUCUUCGCUACGAUCAUGGACCGAUUCGGCAAGAGAAUUUUGAGGCGGAAAUAUUGGAAUUUUAUGUUGUUCUUCGGUUAUUGACAAUUAUCUUCGGUAAUCCACGGCUUAAGCAGUAACAUGUUACACCUGCUGAAUAAUAAUUCUCCGCAUGAUUCUCGUGUGCAGUGCUAGCUGCUUGAGCUUCCAUGUUGCAUGAUUCUGAUGUGAUCCAUAAGUUAUAAAGAUAUCGCAGCUUCGUAGUCCGUAAGAACUGUACAAAACCAACAUGAUAUAUUGGGGUGAUUGUGAAGGUAUCCACAAGAACUGUGCUGGAUGAGGGCAAAAGUAAUGAGUGCAGAUUCUCCUCAGCUGCUCGCCUUUAGAAUGAGUUCAACUGGUUCUGACCUUGAGCUGUUGAAGACUACAGUUUCAAGCAUGACUUAGAUGAGAAGGAUGCACAUGGCUUGGGAAGGCCCUAAAGGUAGCACAAGCGUCCAAAGUGGGCACCGAAUAAUGUAGCAACAAGUGUGGGAAGAUCCCAUCAAAUGUCGUUGAAAGCUCAAGCUGUCGCCUAGGAACAAUGUGUUAAACUUGAGUCAAUGGCCUCUGCGAAAUCAACCUGCCGUGCCAUAUCUUUUAAAGAAUGGAAAGUUCAUGAGGUAAUCUUAUUGUCGUAAACGCAAGUAUCGAAGUGCAGGUUGCUACCUUCCUGAGUAGCCAUUUGUUUCAGGUACCAAUUAGCUUCAUUCAGCGUACCGACCGUCAAUCCUUUAACAAUUCUUCUGGUGUCGUCCCCUACGAUGCAAAGAUAGAGCGCUACCGUUGAGCUGGAAUCCUUGACGAGGAUCAAGUGAGAAAUUUUCCUCGAAAGAGCUCCAUCCGUACAUUGUGUGGAGUUGUUGAUGGCGAUGGCGUCUGCAAGCCCUAGCGAGGUGAGCUGGUGGACGACUCCCGUUCUCCAGCACCGCAGCUAUAGGUCUAAGGUGAAACAUGAUCCGUUCAACUUGACCUCCACCAUAUCAGUUUGAAACCGCUCUUAUAUUGAACCAGCAGAACAAAAUCUGCAGCAUGGAAGAGGUGGGAGGAUCAGCAGCAACCACGAGUAUGCUCGAGCUUCCUGAAGAUGUGGUUGAAAACAUUCUAGGUCGACUUACUUUGCCCGCACUAACCCAGGUAGGAAUCGUGUGCAAGCAGUGGCAGCGCAUUUCAAGCUCGAUAGUCGAAUGUAGACAGUCUGCGUCAUAUUGUCUCGUUGCUUUUCCUGUUGGCAUGACGCCGGGUACCCGAGAGACCAAUUACUGGCCCACUGGGCAGAUAAGACUAGCCAUGUUUGAUCCUUUCGCUCGAUCGUGGCUUAAAGUCAAGCAUCCCUUCCCUCCGAUCGGGGCCUAUCCAUUUCAACCUCAACGUCGUCGUAUUGAUUGGGAUCUAUUUCUCGUACCAUCCACCGGGGGUUAUUCUGGAUUAGUGUGUUUUGUCAUUCCCAGCCACGCCCCAAGCACAGUUUUCCAUUACUGGAUUGGAAAUCCCAUCACAGGCAAAUGGGAGAACAUUCCUGGACCGAGAAAGCAGAGCUCGUAUAGGGAAAUCGCACAUCAAUUGGUGGUUUGUCCUCUCAGCAAGAGCUUCAAGAUCUUCAACUUCGCAAUCCAAGAAAGCGGGGUGCAUGAGUGGAAUUGCUGCGUCCAGAUAUACGAUUCCACAGGGAAGAAAUGGCGAUCUGCUCGUCAGCUGCUCAGCAUCCCUAAGUUUUCCUCCAUAAGAGUGGGUACUGCUUCUGCAACUGUAGUUUACCUCAUGCUCUUCAUGAACUACAACCAAGUGUGUGUGCCUCUUGCGGCCGGACAAACGCAAUGCUUCACCUAUUAUCGAGUCUUCCGGAUUGUUGGAUUUGACAUUCAGGACGAGCAAUGGCUUAGCGUCACACCCGAGUCUUCUUUUGAGUUCAUCGGAGACUAUUGCCAACAUGCUACUUGGGACUAUUGUCCCCAACUGAUUAUCAAGCCAGGCACCGAACAUCUCAGCAGCUCUUCCUCCUCCUGUCUGCAACUUGUGGCAGGAACAUAUGAGCCAUGUUCCUUCGAACCAUGUCAUGAGCAUUGUCAGGAGUGUGCAGGACAACAGCUUGCCGGUAAAAUUUGCAUUGCUGAGUAUGAGCAGGAAAGCACUACAUGGAAAAUCAAAAAGGAAUUGGAAUCAGAAGUAUAUUUGGCUGACUGCUCAGAGAAUCUCAUCAUCAAUAGUUGCUCAGAAGCUCGAGCUGGUUUCAUUUACUGUGCCCACAUGCGAGGAAGCUGGAAGUCUCCUUGCUUCUACAGCCCAGAGCGGACUAAACACCACCUGUCAGAUGACUCCUGGACUCAUCUACCUCCUCCUGGAUUCGGGGUUCCUGAGAAUAACUUGCUACGUAGGUUCACUUUGUGUCGUUUUUCGCCCAGAGUUGAUGUUUGAUUAGCAGCAUGGUUACUUCUGACCUUUUCUCCUGAUAGCUUACAUUCCCAGAGAGCUAACAUUGCAGGUAGAGUAUGAACAGUUUAGUGAUUAACACAUCAUGCACUGCUAAGUGUACUUUGUUCGUCUUUUUCUGGAGAGGGAUGCCGGAUCCGUCAUUUACAUCAAAAGGCAAACCUAAGUUGGGAGCUCUUCACCUG